AUGAAAAUUACGAGCACAUCUUGUAUCUGUCCAGUCCUCGUGUGUCUCUGUUUUGUGCAGAGGUGUUAUGGAACUGCUCACCACAGCUCCAUCAAGGUGACCAGAAACCAGACCAAACACAUUGAAGGUGAAACCGAAGUCCACCAUCGUCCCAAAAGAGGAUGGGUUUGGAAUCAGUUCUUUGUUUUAGAAGAACAUAUGGGACCCGAUCCACAAUAUGUCGGAAAAUUGCACUCCAAUUCUGACAAAGGCGAUGGGUCUGUCAAGUACAUCCUUACUGGAGAAGGUGCCGGAACUAUAUUUAUCAUCGAUGACACCACCGGUGACAUCCACUCAACGAAAAGCCUAGACAGAGAGCAGAAGACCCACUAUGUGCUUCACGCCCAGGCUAUCGACCGACGAACAAACAAGCCUCUUGAACCUGAAUCCGAGUUCAUAAUCAAAGUACAAGACAUCAAUGACAACGCUCCAAAGUUCACAGAUGGACCAUACAUCGUUACUGUGCCUGAAAUGUCAGAUAUGGGUACCUCUGUUCUACAGGUUACAGCUACUGAUGCAGAUGACCCUACCUAUGGAAACAGUGCGCGGGUGGUUUAUAGUAUUCUCCAGGGACAGCCCUACUUCUCCGUAGACCCUAAAACAGGAGUUAUUAGAACUGCCUUACAUAAUAUGGACAGAGAAGCCAGAGAACACUAUUCAGUGGUCAUUCAAGCCAAAGACAUGGCUGGGCAAGUUGGAGGACUCUCAGGAUCGACAACGGUCAAUAUCACCCUGACUGAUGUCAAUGACAACCCCCCACGGUUUCCUCAAAAGCACUAUCAGCUGUAUGUUCCUGAGUCAGCUCAAGUUGGGUCAGCUGUUGGGAAAAUAAAGGCAAAUGAUGCAGACACUGGUUCAAAUGCUGACAUGACCUACUCCAUCAUUAAUGGUGAUGGUAUUGGGAUAUUCUCCAUCUCCACUGACAAAGAGACCAGAGAAGGGAUCCUUUCUUUAAAGAAGCCACUGAACUAUGAGAAAAAGAAGUCAUAUACUCUCACCAUAGAAGGAGCAAAUACACACCUUGAUUUUCGCUUUUCUCACUUGGGUCCUUUUAAAGAUGCUACCAUGCUGAAGAUCAUCGUUGGGGAUGUAGAUGAACCACCACUGUUUUCCAUGCCUUCUUAUGUCAUGGAAGUCUAUGAAAACGCCAAGAUCGGGACUGUUGUUGGCACAGUUUUGGCACAAGAUCCUGACAGCGCCAAUAGCUUAGUAAGAUACUUCAUUGACCACAGUGGCGAAGAUGACAGAGUUUUCAACAUCGAUGCCAAUUCUGGAACCAUCAGAACCACAAAGGUUCUUGAUAGAGAAGAAACUCCGUGGUACAACAUCACAGUUGCUGCUUCAGAAACUGACAAUCCUGGUUUGCUGAGCCAUGUGACAGUGGGUAUUAGAGUUCUGGAUGUCAAUGACAAUCCACCUGAACUUGCCAGGGAAUAUGAUAUUGUUGUCUGUGAAAAUUCAAAGCCUGGCCAGGUUAUUCAUACCAUCAGUGCUACUGAUAAAGAUGAUUUUGCAAAUGGACCAAGGUUUAACUUCUUUCUUGAUGAACGCCUGUCUAUAAACCCAAACUUCACUCUGAAGGACAAUGAAGAUAACACAGCCAGCAUUCUGACAAGGCGGAGGAGAUUUAGUCGAACUAUUCAGGAUGUGUAUUAUCUCCCCAUUAUGAUCUCUGAUGGUGGAAUCCCCUCUCUCAGCAGCAGCAGUACCCUCACCGUCAGGGUUUGUGCAUGCGAGAGAGAUGGGCGCGUGCGGACCUGCCAUGCGGAAGCGUUCCUGUCCUCGGCUGGCUUGAGUACAGGAGCCUUAAUCGCUAUUCUGCUGUGUGUUGUCAUUCUCCUAGCAAUUGUAGUACUUUUUAUCACCCUGAGACGCAGCAAAAAAGAGCCCCUGAUCAUUUCAGAGGAGGACGUGCGAGAGAAUGUGGUCACCUAUGAUGACGAGGGGGGCGGGGAGGAAGACACGGAGGCCUUUGACAUCACAGCCUUGAGGAAUCCUUCUGCCGCCGAGGAGCUCAAGUAUCGGAGAGAUAUUCGACCCGAAGUGAAACUCACCCCCAGACACCAGACAUUGUCCACCCUAGAAAGUAUAGAUGUUCAGGAAUUUAUUAAGCAAAAACUGGCAGAAGCCGACCUAGACCCCAGCGUCCCCCCUUAUGACUCUCUUCAGACUUAUGCCUAUGAAGGUCAGAGAUCGGAGGCUGGCUCCAUCAGCUCACUGGAUUCAGCAACCACACAGUCAGACCAGGAUUAUCACUACCUUGGAGACUGGGGACCCGAAUUUAAAAAGUUAGCCGAACUCUAUGGAGAAAUAGAAUCUGAAAGAACAACUUAGGGGGUUAAUUCUGGCAAACCUUCUAGAAUUUGCUUCCUGAGCAAGUGGAGAUAUAACCUCAGCAAUGGCAAGGAAGACACAUGGAAACAGUACUUGGAACUGAGCAAGCUGGCCACAGCUACUGUAGAAACAAGUGCCCUUUUCAUGAUCGA